AUGCAAGAAUGGAACCAGACUAUAAUCACAGAAUUGUUCCUGGUCGGUUUCGGAGACCUUCACAGAUCCAAAUAUUUCUUCUUCUGCAUGUUCUUCCUCCUCUACCUCGUGGCUUUAAAGGGGAACCUUCUUGUCAUUACCUUGGUCAUUAUCAACGAAGCUCUUCAUCUGCCCAUGUAUUUCUUCCUCAGCCAACUGUCUUUAUCUGAGAUCAUAUUCACGUCCAACAUGGUGCCCACCAUUCUCCGACUGAUAUUGUCUGGGGGAGGAAACAUGUCGGUAUCGGGGUGCAAGAUCCAGUUCUUUGCCUUGUGUGUCCCGACUCUUACACAAUGUUUGCUCCUGGCUGCCAUGUCCUUUGAUCGCUAUGUGGCAAUUUGUAAUCCUCUGCAUUAUACGUCUAUUAUGACCUUCAAGUUGCAGCUAUGGGUGGCCAUCUUCUGUUGGGUUUGUGGCUUCUCAGCUUGUGUCCUUGUCAUUGUGUUUAUAUAUCAACUUCAGUUCUGUCGUUCCAACGUCAUCAACCAUUUCGCCUGUGACAUUGGUCCCGUCAUGGAGAUUUCCUGCUCAGAUACUUCCAGAAUGGAACUGGUCACCUCUUUGGUCUCUACGGUUUCUAUUGCUUUCCCAUUUCUGUUCAUUAUCGGCAGUUACAUCUCCAUCAUCCUCACCAUCCUCAGGAUCCCCUCGAGCUUUGGGAGACAAAAAGCCUUCUCCACUUGCAGCUCCCACCUGGCCGUGGUGUGUAUGUACUACGGGACCCUAGUAGCACUUUAUAUCUACCCAUUCGGGAAGCAUUCGGCCAAUGCCAAGUUUAUAUUCAUAUUAUACACCUCGGUGACCCCAUUGUUCAACCCCAUUAUUUACAGCUUGAGAAAUCAGGAUAUUAAAAGAGCCAUACGGAAAUUGGUUUCUAUUUGUAAGAAAAAGAUUGACGUCUAG